AUGACUGGGUCACAUGAUGGCGGUGUUCCCAGUAAAUUCGUCAAGCCAUCAACAAUUUUUUCUCCCAUUUACAUCAAAAUUCGUGUUAAUGACCAACCAACUGAAGCAAUUGUUGAUACAGGAUCCGCCAUUUCAAUCAUUCAUUUAGAUUUCCUUAAAACUAUUCAUCACGCCAACUUAAUUUAUCAAACAAAACCAUGUCAAACAGCGAACUCAACACCUCUUAAUAUUAUCGGUCAUAUUAAAUUGGAAAUAAAAAUUCAAUCUAUAUCAACUUAUGUCAUUAUACAUGUAGCAACGAAUUUGAUUACAUCGAUUAUUCUAGGUAAUGAUUGGAUUAAUUCGAAUCAUGUCCAUCUCUUUGGCGACCAAAAUCAAUUAACUAUUCCUAGUCAACAUGGUCAAUUAAUUUCAACUCCAUAUACGCAACCUGCAUGUAUUAAUUAUCCAGCUCUAUUAGUUCAUCAAAUUACUAUCCCUCCAUAUUCACAAGCAUUAGUUGAUAUUACAUGUCAAGUUAAUGAUGCGAAAAAUCUUAUAUUUGAACCAUCUGAAUGUCAUGCAUCAAGAUUUAUCUUCAUACCACAUACAUCAUUGAAUAUUAAUCAACAUCAAGCCAAAGUACUAUUAAUAAAUGCUUUAGACCGACAGCAAAUCUUAUCAAGAAAUACACGGAUCGGAACUAUUUCUCAUGAAACAGCACAUUCGGUAUUUACAACAACUGAAUCUUCAACCACAAAAAAUUCUUUUUUAAAUGAAAAUUGUCAAGCAUCAUUUCGGCAUUACAAAAAUUUGAAGAACAGAGCUGUCUUAAACAAAAAAGACAACUCGAAAUCAUCAACAUUAAAUAUUACUUGUGACUUAUGUAAUGAACAAUUUUUAUCUGGGAAUGAUUUACAGAAACAAUUACGAGCAAAAUGUUAUUCAGAUCAGAUUCGAAAACACACAAUCGAAUCGACAAAACAUAUAGAAAAUGAGAAAUAUCGUUUAGCAAUUCAAGAUAUAUUGUGGCGAAAUAAAAUAUUAUUUGAUCCAACACCAUCAAUCAUCAAUACUCCUUCACAAUCGGCAAUUAAAACUGGUGAUCAUCCACCACUUUAUUCGAAACAGUAUUCCGCUUCACAUAAAGAUCAAGAUAUGAAAUCCCAAGAAACACAAAAAUUAUUAGAACGUGGUCCAAUUGAAGAAUCAACUUCUCCGUGGUCAUCACCUAUUGUUCUUGUUAAGAAGAAAGAUAAAACCAUGCGAUUUUGUAUUGAUUAUCGACGUCUCAAUGCUAUUACAAUUAAAGAUGCAUUUCCACUUCCUCGAAUCGAUGAAAUAUUUGAUCAAUUAUCUGAUGCAACAUAUUAUACAAAAUUUGAUUUUAAAUCUGGUUAUUUCCAGGUACCUCUCUCUAAAGAGGACCGUCCGAAAACAGCGUUUUCCACUCGCGACAAUCAUUAUCAAUUUACAGUGCUACCCCAAGGUAUUACUAAUGGACCCGCAACAUUUCAACGUAUAAUUAAUCAUAUAUUAGGACCCGCUCGAUGGAGAUAUGCAUUAGCUUAUAUUGAUGACGUAAUAAUAUAUUCGAAAACGUUUGAAGAUCAUUUAACACAUCUUAAUGAUAUUUGCACGAUUUUAAAAAAUGCUCGAUUUCGUCUCAAUCCUGAAAAAUGUGAAAUUGCUCAAACUCAAACAGAUUAUCUCGGACAUCGUAUACAAAAUGGUGACAUUCGUCCAAGUCCGACUAAUAUAAAUGGUUUAUUAAGUACAAAACUACCACGGACGGCAGAUGAAGCUUGUAAAUUCGUUAAAGCUGCUGAAUAUUAUAGGAAAUUUAUUCCAAAUUUUUCUCAAAUCGCUGAACCACUUAGGAAAUUUGUACCAACUACUAGAACUCAACAAAAGAAAGGACAGAAAACCUUAAUUACAUUAACAAAUGAAGAAACUAAAGCGUACAACCAACUUAAGCAAUUGUUAACAGCUGAUUUAGUUUUACGUCUUCCAAAUAAUAGAUUCCCAUUUAAAGUUCAAACAGAUGCUUCUGAUGAGGGAAUCGGUGGAGUUUUAUUACAAACUUAUCCAGAAGGAGAUAAACCUGUUGCAUAUAUUUCGAAGAAAUUUACUCGAGCACAGCGUAAAUGGUCUCCUAUGGAGCAAGAAUGUUAUGCUUUUAUAUGUUCAUUAGACAAAUGGCAUAGUUAUUUAAGUGGAAUUAAAUUUAUAUGGGAAACCGAUCAUAAAGCUUUAACACAAUUAAAUCAAAAAGCUCAGCUUAAUAAACGAUGUGAGAGAUGGAGAUUAAAAAUCUUGGAAUAUGAUUUCAAGGUGAAAUAUAUCCCUGGCUCAACUAAUUCAAUGCCGGAUUAUUUAUCACGAUCUCCAGUCGACGAUGCCGAAGAAGACCCAGUUGAAAUUACUCAACUUAUUUCUCAUUCAACACAAACAGAUUUCGAACUCUACAAUCAACAAUCGUCUAUUAUCGCCGCUGUCGAAACUCGUUCUUCAAAAUUACGUAACAAAACGUCUGAUACUUCGAUAGAUACGACAAGAUUAGCAUCAGAUUCUCCAGCUGACGAGAAUCGAAUCAUUCCAUUUUCAAUUGAAGCAUUAAUUCAAGCACAACAGAAUGAUGAAUCCGUAAAAAAUAUUAUUCACAAUAUCGAAAAACAUAAAAAAUAUUUUAUGAAGAAUGAUCUUUUAAUGCAUCGUUCAAAACCGUCCGCUCCUUACGUACCGCAAGGUGAACUCCGUCGAACAAUAUUAAAGGUCUAUCAUGACACUGCAGCCAAUGGCGCUCAUUUCGGAAGAGACAAAACAAUACACAAAAUUAAAACACGCUAUUUUUGGCCUUCCAUGUACAAAGAUAUUACUAAUUAUAUAAAAUCAUGUAUUUUAUGUGCUCAAUACAACCCACGUCGUCAUAAAACGCCUGGAAAAUUAAAACCAAUCAAACCUCCUGAUGGAGUAUGGCAAUUGGUGUCUAUGGAUUUUCAUGGUCCUAUUAAUCCAACGUCUCAACGUGGAAAUAAAUAUAUUAUAUCGCUUACCGAUGUUUUAUCAAAAUUCGUCGUUACAAAAGCUGUACGUGAUAAUACUGCUCAAACGGCUGUUCGAUUUAUUAAAGAAGAUAUCAUUACCAAAUUCGGUACACCUCGUUGUAUACUUACUGAUAAUGGUACUCACUUUACAUCAUCACUGAUGAAUGAAUUAUUUAAAUGUAUUGGAACAACACAUUUAUACUCAACACCGUAUCAUCCUCAAACUAAUGGUCAAAUUGAGAGAUACAAUUCAACAGUGGAUGCAAAAAUUGCAGCUCUCUCGAACUUACGUAAAACUGAUUGGGAUGAUCAACUCCCAUUCGUUACAUUUAAUUACAAUACGUCAAUCCAUUCAUCAACUAAACAAGUUCCAUUUCAAAUGAUGUAUGGUCGUAUACCUGUGUUACCCUUUGAUUAUCAAAAAGAUAAUGUUAUUUUAUCUCAUGAUUCGGAACAUGUGAAUAAACUCAAUCAAUUUUUACAAAAAUUAAAUGAACAAGCAAAAAUUCAUAUUAUUAAAAAUCAAGAACGAUAUAAACAACGUUAUGAUACACAUCGUUCUAAUCCGUCAUACAAAAUUGGUGAUCUUGUUCUCGUUAAAACACUCAACAUUCGUUAUAAAUUUGAUAUUCGUUAUGAAGGACCAUUCCGCAUUAUUAAAAAAAUUACUGAAAAAACAUUUAUCGUUCAACACAUCAAGAAACCAACAUUACAACGCCAAGUUACCACAGAUGUGUUACUUCCAAUUUUUGAGCGGAUUUAUUAA